AAUGUCAUAGUGAAUAAAUGGAUUUCAGUGGAUAAACGAUGUUAUCAAGAUGUUUGGAUUCAAACGUUCUUAUAUGAAAAUUAUUCUACUCUUGGUAUUCGCUGUACAAUUUUGUACCUUCGGUAGUGUUGUUUUACGGUAUAUGUUUAAUUGUUCUCUUUGUGUGGCGUGUGUACUAGCUGUACUUACUUACGACCAUGAUUAUUGGAGGGUUAAGGGGAUAUUUUCACCCCCCGCGUGGCCUCUGGUAGGCCACAUCAGGACUGUUGUGGCCUUCAAGGAGCAGGGUGGGAUGUGCUUCAAGAGAAUCUACGAUAAAUAUAAAGAUAAAAAGUUUAUAGGUUGUCAUCAGUUCUUCCAGCGCACGCUGGUCGUGCAUGAUCCGGAGCUGAUAAAGAAGAUCUGCGUGAAUGACUUCCAUCACUUCACAGAUAGAGGUUUCUUCUUCAACGAGGAAGUGGAUCCGCUCGCCGGCUCCGUUCUCUUUCUCAGAGGGAAUGAAUGGAAGACAUUAAGAGCCAAGAUAUCACCAAUAUUCUCGCCUAAUAAAUUAAGAGGAAUGUUCCCCCUAAUAGAGAACACAGCUAAAGAAUUUACUAUACGCAUCAGAGAAUUAAUAUCAAACGAUAGAACCAAAAAUGAUAGACACCUGGAUGACAAAAACAUAGGAACAAAUGACAAAACAUUUGGUACAAGUAAUGGAGCAUUGGUGGACUCAGAGAAACUGGUCGGAGGGUAUACAGCGGAUGCAAUAGUCCCAUGUGCUUUUGGAUUGAAGAGUACAGUUAUGGACAACCCUAACGAUCCUUUUGCAGUUGCUUUACAAGCUUUCUACGAGAUGAGUUUGUUUAAUAUAUUUGAAAAGACAAUGCGUCAAUUCUGGCCAGCUUUCGUUCUGUUCUUCCGUAUGAGGAUUAUACCGAAGAAGACGCAUGACUUUUUCUACAAUAUCGUUACAAGCGUUCUUCGUGCAAGGGAAAACGGUGUUCAGGAGAAACGCGGCGAUUUCAUUGACAUUAUGAUGACGCUGCGAAGUGAUGAUAAAAAUAAUAAUUCACCAAAAUCAGAGCCCGAAAACGAUGUAGAAAUAACUGACAUGGUAAUCGCGGCAAAUGCGUUUAUAAUCUUCCUCGGGGGCUUCGAGACGACAUCUUCUACGUUGGCCUUUCUUUUCCUGGAACUGGCAGCUGAUCAGAGGGUGCAGGAGAAGAUGAGGAAAGAAGUGAGAGAGGUGAUGGAGAGACAUAACGGAAAUAUGGCGUACGAGGUGCUACAAGAACUGACCUACAUGGAAAUGGUUAUUCAAGAGACGCUGCGGCUGUACCCGCCUUUCCCCAGCAUCCAGCGAAUGUGUACAAAGGACUAUACAAUACCGGGGACAGAUAUUGUCGUUGAAAAGGGCACAAUAGUUCUCUUCCCCACUCUUGGAAUACAAAGAGAUGAACAGUACUUCGAGGACGCGUCGGGAUUCGUGCCGGAGCGUUGGGCAGACGAUAGGCCUCCACCUCCGCCUGGAGUCUACAUGCCUUUUGGAGACGGACCAAGAUAUUGUAUUGGUAAACGCUUCGCGAUUAUACAGAUGAAGUGCUGUCUCGUGAAAGUAUUACAACAUGUUAGAAUAACCCCAGUGCCGCGGGGAAGAAAUGGCACAGAACGGACUAAACCAUUUGAGGCUGACCCACGCUCUCCCCUCACACUACACCCCCUCGACUCUAGAGUUAAACUCACUCUGUUAUGACAAGAGAUUGGCAAGAUGUAGCUUAUGUAGCGUUGCUUUUUUAAUCAUUUAUAGAGCAUUUGAAAUAAGGAAAAGUUUCGAAUAACUAUUAAAUAAACUGAUAUAUAAACACGGCUACGUAUAUUCGUCCGGUGGCGGCACCGACUAGUUUCGAGCCCAUCGGGGGCCCUUCAUCAGGAUGAGUGGUACUGGUAUUAUUUCCGUGGUUUUAUUAGCCGUGUUUAUAUAUCAGUUUAGUAUAAUGUCUCACGAAAGUUUGAAUAAUUUAACUAUUAAAUAAUUCAGUAACCAUGCGUUAGUGAUGAAGAGUUGUGAUAAU